AAGGUUCAUUCAGGGAUUGUUCCUGGGAUGUCAAGAUGAACUGCACCAACCUGGAGGAUGAGGCUAUAGCCUAUACAGCGGCAGAGGAGACCAAGAUCUAAGCGCAGCCCAACAUAAGCCUGGAGAUUCUCAAAGGAAGUCCAGACUCUUGCCCAAUGAGCUCCUGAGUCAUCCAGGGCAUUAUGAGGCAAGACAGAACUGGAACAACAGGCUCAAAAAAAGGAAGCUGACCCACUUCUGAUCCACUCACUGUGUAUAUGUCUCCGAAAGGCUAGACCUGACCAAGUAAGAUGGAGCUGCCUUUCCCAAGUGGUUAGUGGCAGUGCUGACUUGGGAUGGCGGAGGACACUGUCUCAAUCUGGUCUUUGGUUCGGCUUGGAAAACAAACCCAGAUCUCCUCCUAGGCAGAACUUCAGAUGGGCCAACACAGCUCCCUGGAGUUUGGCUGGGAUCAUUCGCUUCACAAAAGGAAACGACUCCCCCCAGUGAAGAGAUCCUUAGUGUACUACCUGAAGAACCGAGAAGUCAGGCUACAGAAUGAAACCAGCUACUCCCGAGUGUUGCAUGGGUAUGCAGCACAGCAACUUCCCAGUCUCCUGAAGGAGAGAGAGUUUCACCUCGGGACCCUUAAUAAAGUGUUUGCAUCUCAGUGGCUGAACCACAGGCAAGUGGUGUGUGGCACAAAAUGCAACACGCUGUUUGUAGUGGAUGUCCAGACAAGCCAGAUCACCAAGAUUCCCAUUCUGAAGGACCGGGAGCCUGGCGGUGUGACUCAGCAGGGCUGCGGUAUCCAUGCUAUCGAGCUGAAUCCCUCUAGAACACUGUUAGCCACUGGAGGAGACAACCCUAAUAGUCUUGCCAUCUACCGGCUGCCUACACUAGAUCCUGUGUGUGUGGGAGAUGACGGACACAAGGAUUGGAUCUUUUCCAUUGCGUGGAUCAGUGACACUAUGGCCGUGUCUGGCUCUCGCGAUGGUUCUAUGGGACUCUGGGAGGUGACGGAGGACGUGCUGACCAAAAGCGACGCAAGACACAAUGUGUCACAAGUCCCUGUGUAUUCUCACAUCACUCACAAGGCCUUAAAGGACAUCCCCAAGGAGGACACAAACCCUGACAACUGCAAGGUCCGGGCCCUGGCCUUCAACAACAGGAACAAGGAAUUGGGAGCAGUAUCGCUGGAUGGCUACUUUCAUCUCUGGAAGGCUGAAAAUACCCUAUCUAAGCUCCUCUCCACCAAACUGCCAUAUUGCCGUGAAAAUGUGUGCCUGGCCUAUGGUAAUGAAUGGUCAGUCUAUGCAGUGGGCUCCCAAGCUCACGUCUCUUUCUUGGACCCGCGGCAGCCAUCAUACAACGUCAAGUCUGUCUGCUCCAGGGAGCGAGGCAGCGGGAUCCGGUCAGUGAGCUUCUACGAGCACAUCAUCACUGUGGGCACAGGGCAGGGCUCCCUGCUGUUCUAUGACAUCCGAGCUCAGAGGUUCCUGGAAGAGAAGCUCUCAGCUUGUUGCGGGUCCAAGCCCAAACUCGCAGGAGAGAACCUGAAACUAACAACUGGCAAAGGCUGGCUGAAUCAUGAUGAAACCUGGAGGAAUUACUUUUCGGACAUUGAUUUCUUCCCCAAUGCUGUUUACACCCACUGCUACGACUCGUCCGGAACGAAACUCUUUGUGGCAGGAGGUCCCCUCCCUUCAGGGCUCCAUGGAAACUAUGCUGGGCUCUGGAGUUAAUGACAACCAACUGUCUCCCCAAAUGCAGAGAUUUACACUAACUUCCAUCUUCAGUUUCCAUUUCUUCUUUUGAUUUUUUUCCAAUUGUGUGAGGCCCUCAUAUUUUAGUGGGAACACCAGAGUUUGCCUAUGCUUUAGGCACUUGACAGGAAGAACCUCUGUACAGAAAUUUAAAGGACUUUUUGGUUUUUUGUUUCAUUUUUUUCUUUUUUUUGGUAAGCAGACUUUAACUUUACUAUCUUUUUUCUUCCUGGCUUCUCAACCAGACAUUGUUGUUAAUUCCUGUUUGUAUUUUUUCUUUAAGUGACACACACUCUCCCCUCUCUGGGUUCCUUAGGUUGACAUAGUCAUCCUCACCCUUACUUCACUCUUGAGAGGUAGGGCUCCUUUAUAAUUAUACAGUUGCUGUCCUAGACUUUCUGUGAAAGUUUGGGGGCUGUGUGUGUGAUGUGUGUGCGGUGUAUGUGUGUGAGAGAGAACUUGUGUGCCUGUAAGUACCGUGUGUCAUUGAAGUUACCUGGAGUGAGGAUUACUGUAAUUAAAAUAUUUAUAAAAGAAACAACUUUAUUCACAGAGUCUAGCUUUGGGACUGGUCUUUAUCUUGUUUUGUAAAGUCUGACACUGAUUAUAGGAAGUAAAAAUAGAAGGGAAAACAAACCACCAGUAGGAAACCCUUUGAAUUCGACUGAAAGCUCCCUGCGCCUCUGACGCCAGGACUGCAAAGUAACCCACCUCCCACCUGCCCCUCCCCUUCUGUGACCCUCGGGGAGGACAUCUCUGUGUAUGUGUCACUUCCACUUCAGUUUCCCAUCCGGUCCAAUCCACGGCUACUCCCCCCAAAACAGCAGAGUCUCAGUUAAAAAUGCAGCUCUGGCAGUUGCAGAAGGCCUGAUGGGACUUGAUCAAAAGAGUUUCCAUUCCAGCCUCCCUCUCCCUCCUCUCAGACAAGACCUGAUAUGGUUCCUCAGGGACCUGGAAUGGGAGACCUCAGGUCUGCUAAAAUGCACAUGCUUUGGUCCCUUUGGCUUUGAGGAGAAACUUCUUCACCUUUCUUCUAAUCUCCCCAGCGGGUUUUGCUUUUGUUUUCUAAAAUGGGUUCAGUUCAGGAGGGUGGGGAUGAGCAGGGGAUUUAUCUGUGUGUAGUGAGUGCCUCGUGUGUGAAAUGUGUGUUUUCUGAAGACAGUGGAGCCACUUUGUUGGCUCCGCCCUGGGAUGGCAAUGGGGUGGCCUAUAGCCAGCAGUGUUGUGCAUGUAAAAGCAGCGAUGUGAUCAGUGAUUUGUUCCACCCUUGAACUGUGUAGUCUGAGGUUUUUGAACUUGCAGGCAACUGACUGACCAGUUACUCCUUGCUUUUUUAUGCAUCAUAUUGCAGAUAAGAGCUGUUCCCACCCCCAUAUUCCUCCACCACUCUAAGCACAUGCUCUUUUUCUGGUAGCAGCCCAUUCUGGGGUAAAGAAGUCAUAUUCCUGCACUCGUGUCCAAGUCGCUUUCCUAGUUGUCCCCCCUGCUCUGGGUGUAACUGAGGAGAUUGAAAAAAAAAAGUAUCUUCUCUUUGGUGAUGGAGGGCUAAUGGGGAGGGGAGACAGCACGUCCACCCUGUAUAGUGUUGCAAGGCAUACACCACAGGUUCUAGAAUUUUCAUCUUCUAACCUAGAGACAUAGGUGCUAUAAACAGUGAAUUAAGCAAAAUGCUGGAUGCUACAGAUCUUUUAAUUGUCUUAAUUUUUUUCUAUUAUUAAACUACAAGCUGUAGAUUUCUUAGUUCUCACAGAACUCAUUUUAAACCUACUUGUAUACAAAUAAUUUUAGGAUGUUUUGUACUGUUGCCAGACCCUCUUCUGUGACGGGUAAUGCGUUUGAUUGUUUGAGGUUUUGUUUUUCAAAAUGUAGCACUUGACUUUUUGCCAAGUAAAAAUAAAUAAAUAUUCCAGUGCAAA